UUAGUUUGUAAUAGAGAAUCAGAGAUGCCAAACAAUGAUGGUAUGAAUGGGGAGGAAAACAAGUCUUCAUUUGGAUUGAAACAAGAGGUGAAGCGUUUGGUAUCCGUGAGGCGGCCAGCGCGGAAACUCGACCGGGCCAAGACUGUCGCUUCGCGGGCCCUCACGGGGCUCAAGUUCAUCAGCAAGACCGGUGGCACGUGGGUCCACGUCGAGGAGCGCUUCAACAAACUCAAAUCCGAUGAUGGAAUGUUGUCACGCGACGACUUUGGCAAAUGCAUUGGAAUGAAGGAGUCGUCUACGUUCGACGGUGAGCUCUUCGACGUGCUUGCCCGGAAGUGGGAUACCUCCGGCAACUCCAUCAACAAAGAACAGCUCAAAAUUUUCUGGGAACAGAUUGCUGACCCAACUUUCGAUGGUGGCCUUCAAAUUUUUUUUGAAAUGGUUGAUAAAAAUGCAGAUGGAAGAAUCACUGAAGACGAAAUCCGGGAGAUUAUAAGCCUGAGUGCUAAAGCAAACAAGCUGUCAGUCAACCAAAAAGAGGAAGAUACUUAUGCAAAAGUAAUCAUGGAAGAAUUAGACCCCAACAAGCUCGGCUACAUCAUGAUACACGACUUGGAGAAGCUCCUGCAGCCAGAUGAAUCGGAUGGGGACUACAGCCGGAAUCUGAGCAAGCUGCCGAGUGAGAACCGUAGGCCGCCAACGAAAACCGAGGUGCUCAUCAAGCGGUUCUACAGCAGCGCUGCGUAUUUUGUGGACGCAAAUUGGAGGAGGGUGUGGGUGCUGGCGCUGUGGGUUGGAGUUAUGGCGGGGCUUUUUGCCUACAAAUAUGUGCAGUACAAAAACAAGGCGGCUUUCGAGGUGAUGGGGCACUGCGUUUGCAUGGCCAAAGGCGCGGCCGAGACGCUCAAGCUCAACAUGGCGCUGGUUCUGCUCCCGAUGUGCCGGAACACCAUCACUUGGCUCAGGAACAGGACUAGUUUAGGCAAGGUUCUUCCCUUUGAUGACAAUAUCAAUUUCCAUAUGAUUGUUGCCACGGCGAUCGGAAUAGGAGUUGGAAUACACGGGAUAAGCCAUCUGGCGUGCGAUUUUCCGCGACUCCUCCACGCGAGCCCGGAGGAGUACAGGAAGAUGGCACCAUACUUUGGAGAUGAUCAGCCAAAGAGUUAUUGGCAUUAUGUAAAACGUUAUGAGGGUGUGACAGGGAUAGUGAUGGUGGUUUUGAUGGCUAUAGCAUUCACACUUGCAUCACCAUUUUUUAGAAGAAACAAAGUGCAUCUACCAAAGCCUUUGGACAAGCUUGCAGGGUUCAAUGCCUUUUGGUAUUCACACCACAUAUUCAUCAUUGUCUAUACCAUUCUCAUUCUUCAUGGAAUCAACCUAUAUAUGACCCAUGAAUGGUACAACAAAACUACUUGGAUGUAUGUUGCCAUUCCUAUAACAAUUUAUGUUGGAGAAAGAUUGAUAAGAGCCUUCAGAUCCAGCGUCAAGCCAGUCAAGACCCUUAGGGUGGCAUUCUACCCCGGAAAAGUGCUAGCACUGCACAUGAAGCCUCAUAAAGAAAUAUUCAAAUAUAAAAGUGGACAGUAUAUUUUUGUCAACUGUUCAGCUGUUUCUCCAUUCGAAUGGCAUCCAUUUUCAAUAACUUCAGCUCCUAGAGAAGAUUAUUUAAGUGUUCACAUUCGGGAUGCGGGUGACUGGACCAAAAAAAUUCAGGAAGUAUUCAGCUCAAAGGUACCUCGGCCGCCACCUACAGAAAAAAGUGGGCAUCAGUCAACCAAGUUUAUUGAUGUAGAAAAUAAUCACAAUGUUCCAAAGAUACUAAUCAAUGGUCCUUUUGGAGCACCAACACAAGACUACAAAAAAUACGAAAUUGUGGUACUAAUAGGGCUCGGGAUCGGGGCAACCCCAAUGAUCAGCGUGGUGAAAGACAUCGCCACCAAUAUAAAAGCCAUGGAGGAGGAAGAGAACGCGAUUGAGGAGGGAAGCAGGGGAGGAACCGGCCCUCUCCCGCCCACCCCAGUGGCUAAGAGAAAGAAGGGGUCGGGCAGCGAUAAACAUGAUCAAUUCAAGACGAAAAAGGCUUACUUCUAUUGGGUGACUAAAGAGCAGGGCACGUUCGAUUGGUUCAAGGGCGUGAUGAAUGAGAUUGUCGAAAUGGACCAUAACCGAGUGAUAGAAAUGCACAAUUACUGCACAAAUGUGUAUGAAGAAGGGAAUGCUCGUUCCCUCCUAAUUUCUAAGCUUCAAUCAAUCAUCAUUGCUAAAAGUGGAAUCGAUAUUGUGGCUGGGACUAAGGUUAAAUCACACUUUGGUAGGCCUAAUUGGGACACAGUCUUCCAAACAAUUUCAAAUAAUCAUCCAGGUUCUAAAGUUGGAGUAUUUUACUGUGGGGCACCAGCAACGAUGAGAGAUCUGAAAAAGGCAACUAAAAUUUCUCACCCCAACCCAGCCAAAUUCGUGCUCCACAAAGAAAAUUUUUAAAAGUAUAAUCGAAAAGUUUGGUGGUUAUAUUAUUUUCAGAAUCCAAUUUUAAUCGCAAUGAUGAAUUUAAAAUCUUUUGUGUUGUAAUAAAUGUUAGCUGCUGUAAUUAAAAUAUAGCAUUUCGUUAUUGGUAGGUAAUGCUUU